AUGGAUAAGUUCCGUAUGAUGUUCCAGUUCCUCCAGUCCAACCAGGAGUCCUUUAUGAACGGGAUCUGUGGCAUCAUGGCCCUCGCUAGUGCUCAGAUGUACUCCGCCUUCGAGUUCAGCUGCCCCUGCAUGCCAGAAUACAACUACACCUAUGGGAUCGGACUGCUCAUUGUUCCACCCAUAUGGUUCUUCCUGUUGGGUUUCGUAUUGAACAAUAAUGUGUCGGUGCUGGCGGAGGAGUGGAGAAGACCCUCGGGGAGCCGGGGCAAAGACCCAACGAUCCUCCGCUACAUGUUCUGCUCCAUCACACAGAGAUCCUUGAUAGCUCCUGCAGUGUGGGUUUCUGUCACUCUCAUGGACGGGAAGAGCUUCCUCUGCGCUUUUAGCAUCAACUUAGACAUUGACAGGUUUGGGAAUUACAGUGUUAUGGCGGGUUUGUCAGAGACGGAGAAGCUCAGACUGCUGGCAAGGAUUCCAUGCAAAGACCUGUUUGAGCAUCAGGAGAUAAGAGUGGCGGCAUCACGGUACAUCAAGUGCAUAUCACAGGCAUGCGGAUGGAUGUUUCUGCUCAUGAUGACUUUCACAGCCUUCAUGAUCCGAGCUAUUCGACCAUGCUUUACUCAAGCCGCCUUCCUCAAGACCAAGUACUGGUCCCACUACAUCGACAUCGAGCGCAAGAUGUUCGAUGACACCUGCAAGGAGCACGCCAAGACGUUCGCCAAGGUUUGCAUCCACCAGUACUUUGAGAACAUCAGCGGGGAAAUGCGCAGCUUACACCAAUACCGCUCCAAGGGCGACAGCGACGAUGAAGACGAGGAUAGCAAGAGAAGUGACGAAGACAAGCUGCUGGGUAUAAGGGCCCAGGAAGAUAUGAAUAAAGUUUUAUGGAACUGGCACACCUGUAAGCCACCUCUUGCUCUGAGAAAAGACCAAAUGGAGGGUGAAAACAAUGGCAAAAUGAAUGGAGAGGCCAAUGGAAAAGCAAAUGGAUUUGUAAAGGGCCACACCCAUGAAGUGGAGAAAAAGGAAUGGGCUGUGUACUACAAUUGGAGGACAGAGGUAGCGAGGGAGGGCUGA